UCGAUGAGGGACGCGGUCGAGCUGAGCCUCCAGAGCUGUCGUGCCGCGGUGGCCGGCAACGAGCCGCGGUUCCUGCCCGUGGUCGGCAGCGGCGCACCGAGCACCGGUGCCAGGCCUUUUCGGCCGCCAAGCACCGUCACGGUGAGCGGCGUGGGCGCCAAUGCGACACCGUUGACCACACCUUAUGAACUGGCCGCCAGGACGCAUCAGGAAUCUUCGCUGUCAAUGACGACGUCAAAGUCCUCUUCCGGCAAGUCUUCCAAGACUUGUUCGUCCAAGACGAAAAGCAAGGAGGACACGCCGAGGCCCGCGAGUGACGGCAAGGCUCCACCGGUGAAGCCGCCUUACUCUUACAUCGCACUAAUCACCAUGGCGAUCCUGCAGAGCCCCGAGAAGCGCUUGACACUGUCGGGAAUCUGCGAGUUCAUCCGGAACCGUUUUCCCUUCUACCGGGACAAGUAUCCGAUGUGGCAGAAUUCGAUACGGCACAACCUUUCGCUCAACGACUGCUUCGUCAAAAUCCCACGGGAGCCCGGCAACCCUGGUAAAGGAAACUACUGGACGCUGGACCCGGCCAGCGAAGACAUGUUCGACAACGGCAGCUUCCUGAGACGCCGCAAGCGAUACAAGCGCCAGCCACCGGACCCGCUCGGUGACGGCUUCUUCUUCGGAGAUCUGCUUAGGCACCAUCCUCUCUUUCCUGGCGCGGCGGGGCUAGUUCCACCGAUUCCGUACCAGCACCAGCAAGCAUUCCUUCCUCUGCCCGUUCACCAUCCGGCUCUGCACGUGCUGCCACCGAUGCCUCCGGUACCUGCGCCCAUGGUGCUCGGCGGAGAGCGGCGCAGCGGCAAACCACCACCGGUGUCAUCGCCGUCGAGUUUCAGCAUCGACAGCAUCAUAGGAACAAAGCUCAAUCACCAACAGCCUCGCCUCGACGAUGUUGGAGUGCUUACAGGAUUUUGUAGACCUUGCCUGCAGCCGUGGCCCCCUCGCUGAUUUGUCCAAAGCGCACUCACGGAAGGAAGCUAGUUGAGAUACUGGCGGAGCGCUUCUUCUGCCGUGCCCCCCUGCUCGUCGAUUACGACGCUUUCGAUGCAUGUCUUCGGUUCGAAGCUCCUUCUAGGAGUCUCUCGCUGACUCCCGAAAGUUCACUCAGCAAUUAAGGACCCGCGUGUGAAGCCUCAUAGCGGCUUGCACAGAGAGCCGACUCAAUGCAGCGCGUGAUGACAGUGCGGUGCAGCAGACGCGACCCUUGUGUAAGGAUCUCAUUGGAAGUACAGCCGUUCGGCACGGGGCAACAAAAGUUUCUUGAGGAUGACCUUGAGAGACACCUCUUGCCUUUGGCGGCGCGUGUUGUCGCCGCGGACCAUGACGUCAUUUCGUAGCCCUACGCACUGCAGCCACUCGCACCAUCCGGCCCCGUGAACGUCCUCAAGAGUAAGUCCCUUGGCGAAGACUUUGCUGAACUUUGGCGACAGGGAGUGUGUUACCAACUGGAACUAUACUUCGCGGAAGCUGUGUAGUUUGCAGACGGCAUCCUUCUUUGCUGUAAAUACAGUUUGCGCAUAUAGGUGUAAAUAAGUUUUCCAUUGUCGCUAAUCUGUGGAGUUCUAUUGUAUACUCCGUGGUUAAUGAAUGUACCGCCUUUAAUUAACAUUUUGUAUGCGUUAUUGGCUGGUUCUAGAUGGAAGGGAACAAUUAUGAACAGGUGCGGAUUUUAAUCCUAUGUCAGAAAUGUGUUCCCCACAUUCAUUUUACUUUCAAAGGGCAGCGGUAAAUGGCGAUGUUAUGAACCGGGACUAUGUGCUAAUUUUUGUUUUCUUCCUCAUUCUGAGGAGCCCGUGAAAUUACUAUCAGCAUACCACGGUGAGUGCAUUAUGGCGCCUUCUAGAACGAACAUAUAGCUGCCAAAAAUACUACUAUGUUACAAAAUAGUGUUUACGUGAACAAGACUGCCUCUGUAAAAUAAAGAUUGU